GGGGCUGCCGCAGCGCCGACGUCCCACCCGGGGAGGCAGCGGCUUCCGGCGCGGCGCACGUGUGGCGGGGCGCUCGGCCGUCCCAGGCGGCACGGCAGCAUGGGGCAGGCGGGCUGGAAGGGGCUCUGCCUGUCCAUGUUCGACUACAAGACCGAGAAGUUUGUCAUCGCCAAGAACAAGAAGGUGGGCCUGCUCUACCGGCUGCUGCAAAUCUCCAUCCUGACCUACCUGCUCGUAUGGGUAUUCCUGGUGAAGAAGGGUUACCAAGAGGUCGACACCUCCCUGCAGAGCGCUAUUAUUACCAAAGUCAAGGGUGUGGCCUUCACCAACACCUCAGAGCUUGGGGAGCGGCUCUGGGAUGUCGCCGACUACGUCAUCCCAUCCCAGGGAGAGAAUGUCUUCUUUGUGGUUACCAACUUGAUCAUGACCCCCAACCAGCGACAGGACACCUGUGCUGAGAGUGAAGACAUUCCUGAUGGCAUGUGCUCUAAGGACAGCGACUGCCACCCUGGGGAAGCUGUUAUAGCUGGAAAUGGUGUGAAGACUGGCCGCUGCCUGUGGGCUGGGAAUCUGUCCAGGGGCACCUGUGAGAUCUUUGCCUGGUGCCCAGUGGAAACAAAAUCCAGGCCAGCGAAGCCACUUCUGAAGGAUGCUGAAGACUUCACCAUUUACAUAAAGAACUUCAUUCGUUUCCCCAGAUUCAACUUCUCCAAGACCAAUGUGCUGGAAAGCAAGAACAUGGCUUUCCUGAAAUCCUGCCGCUUUGGCCCUAAGAACCACUACUGCCCCAUCUUCCGACUGGGGUCCGUGGUCCGCUGGGCUGGGAGCAACUUCCAGGACAUAGCUGUGAAGGGUGGUGUGAUAGGAGUUCAUAUUGAAUGGAACUGUGAUCUUGAUAAAGCGGCCUCUGAAUGCAACCCUCACUAUUCUUUUACCCGUCUGGACAACAAACUUGAAGAGUCUGUCUCCUCUGGAUACAACUUCAGGUUUGCCAAAUAUUACCGAGAUGCAGCCGGGGUGGAGUUCCGCACCCUGAUAAAAGCCUAUGGGAUCCGCUUUGAUGUGAUGGUGAAUGGCAAGGCAGGGAAGUUCAACAUCAUCCCCACAAUCAUCAAUGUGGGCUCUGGGGUGGCGCUCAUGGGUGCUAGCCAGAGAGGCAUCUGCCUGUAGCUCUGGUGGGCAGGUUUGGAUUUCUCUGGGAUCCUAAGUCAGCCCCUGAACUUCUAAAGUCUCCAUUUCCACUUCUGCUAACAGAGGCAGGAUAAGGGUAUGUACAGGAUUUCUCAGCCUCGGCACUGUUGACAUUUUGGGUCAGGAAACCCCCCUUUGUUGAGGGGGCUGUCCUGUGCAUUGUAGGAUGUUUGAGAGCAUCCCCAGCCUCUACUCACUGGAUGCCAUUGACACCCUGCCAUACAGGUGUGAUGCCCAAAAAUGUCUCCUGGGAAGCAAAAUCGACCCUGACUGAGAACCACUGGGUAAAAGGAUGAGAGGCAGGGAAGACAGUCCUCUGAUCCUUCCUUAGUGGUGGCCCAUCAGCCGGGCUGAGAGGGGCUGACAGAGGAAGUAGUGGCUGGAGGGCAGGGAAAGGUUCCCUCUGCAUCUCUGUAAUGCCCCUUUGUACUUCUGGAAGUUUUACAAAGACAUGGGAAUCUUCAGCGGGCGGCUCGUCCCAGCAAGUCCUUUGUAAGGUUUCUGGCAGCCUCUUCCCUCAUUCCUCUGCCUGGGCAGCCAAAACAGCCCCAUUGGAGGAUCCAUCAGGACCUAGGAUUGACUUUCUGGUGAGGCCGGGGGAAAAGUGUGUCCUGUAGCAGGACUCAAAGAGGCCAUGCUCCUGAGAGGUGGUCGAAAAAGCGAGCCCCGAAUGGAUUCCUCCUAACUACGAACAAUCAUUGUUAGGGAACCCCGGAUGAUUGUGUAUGUAACUUUCUUAGAGAGCGGCCCACCGUCAGUCAUCACCUUCGGAUGAUGUGGGUAAAAUCAGAACACAGGGCAUCUGGGGAAAGAAGGUGUGCAGUGCCCAGGGUCAGAGGACCAGGUUCACCUGUUGGCUCAUCCAUCCACCCCUGCCCCACCUCCACCCUCUUCCUCAGCCAUUCACGGACUGCCCCUAACACUGUGCUGUGGGUGGAGUCGCCCUCUGGUGGAGGAGACGGGCAUUUGCAAGACGUGCUGUGGCCCAAAGUGCCUGUGCUCAGGUGUGAGCCGCUCUGAGCUGGGAUAGCUCAGGCUUCAUUGUCUUUCCUCGACCACCGCUGUAGCACCCUCGAUGGUUAGGUUCAGACCCCCUCCAGCCUGUCUCACAUGAACUACCAGUCGAUGUGACCACAGGGCCGUCAUCCUCACUGUAGUGCCUCCUCCUCAGCUGAAGGAUUGGCGUCAAUGCCUGAAAACACCUCUGCAGAAGUGUCUCUUCUCCCGCAGGCCCCGUGGCAUUUCCUGGGCAUGACAAGUUUGUUCCUCCCUCUGUAAUGCCCUUCCCAGGCUUCUUUCCCUUGUAUAAACUCCUGUUCAGCCCUCAAGACUCAGCCUGGAUAUCCCUCCCCAGACUGACUGAGUAAAGUCCUGUCUUCCCCCAGCUCCUGUCCCUCUCCCAGCUAUAGGCCACAUCAGUCUGUGUCAUGAUUCUCACAUUUGUCUCCUGCACCAGCAGGAGAGGCCCCAGGUCUCUGUUGCCUUAAUCCUGCCUGUACCCCAGUGUGAUCCCUGGCAUGUGGUGGGUGCUGAACUGGAUGGGGUCAGGGUAGUGUGGGGGGCGCUUGGCCUGUGGGGUCACUGGAGCUCCAGUCUGACUUUGGCUCUACUGUGGACCAGCUUUGUGGCCUUGGACAGAGGCAUCCCUUUCUGAGCCCAGUUUCUUCAUCUAUCAAAUGGGGACAAAUCCCUCAUGGGUUGUUGCAGGACCAAACGGUAUGCAGGGUGUCAAGUGGCUGGGCGCUCUCCGGUAGUCUAGGAUUCUGAGUCAGGG